UUUGUAAUUACGAUUUGCGUAUAAUUACUGCUAUAGCCUGACCCCGUUUCAAAUCGUGGAUCUGAGUCCUUGAGUUGAGAGGCACAAAAAAGACCAUCAGCAACACUCGUGGAAGUCUCGAUACAAUGGCAUCUUUCGAGAGCAUCCAAAGGUUUGAAGACAAGCAAGAUGAUAUGACCGAGGUUUUGCUCCCGGAUAUGUUCAAGUCCUUCCUGAAAGAUUAUCCAAAGCUCAACCCGCACUAUGCAGCCGUCAAAGCCACCUCAGAGAAGUGGCUGAUUGAGACUUGUUCGUUAUCUCCCGCCGCCACCAAAUGCGUCCGGGAGUGUGACUUCACAUACUUCUGCGCCAUUGUAUAUGCCGACGCGCCUCUGGAAGAGUUUCAGGUAGUCAGUGACUGGGGAAACUGGGUGUUCCCCUUCGACGAUAUGUUCGAUGAGGGCGAAUUACGAGACGACCCCCAGGCUGCUCAAGACAUGAUGGAUAGUCUGAUGAGCAAGAUGCUCGGAUUGCCUUACCACGGGGAAAAGUCGAAGUUGGUCCAAGCUCACGACAUCAUCUUUGAACGGCUAUGCCAGAAUUCAUCUCCGGAAACAACACGGCGAUAUAUAAAAGCCAUGGCCGAUUACCGUGACAGUGUCAUGAGCCAAGUCUGCAACGCGUCGGCAGGCACGCUGCCCGAGGUUAAGGAUAUGCUCAAGACGCGCAGCCGCUCGAUUGCAGCAUGGGCGAUGUAUGUUAUGAUUGAGUAUGCUCAUGGUCUAGAUAUACCAUCGGAAAUACUCGAGCACUCAACUAUCAAGGCGCUCGAGAUGGUCGGUCUCAAGAUCAUAGCUAUCGCCAAUGAUAUUGUCUCCUACCGCAAAGAGGAGGUGGACAGUGUCCCCCACAACAUGGUAGCCGUGUGCCGAAUGCGUGGUCUUUCGGCACAGCAAGCUUUUGGCACCGUGGGGGCCCUGCUAGACUCUCAACUGGCGGCAUGGGAAGACCACCUUGGCCGGGUUCCGUCAUGGGGCAGCAAGGCCGAUGUCGAGGUAGAGAAAUACAUUGAGGGGAUACGCAAUAUGGCGCGGGCCAAUCUACGAUCGAGCUUCAGAUCACAACGCUACUUCGGACAGGAUGCGAGCAAGGUGGAACGAACUCGGAAGCUAAAUGUCCUUUCCAACCCACCUUGGGGUAUCUCAGUCAGAGGAGCUUGAGGGUGGGAGUGUUCCCAGGCUGCCAACGUCAUUGAAGGAUUUCGCUGUUCCCGUCCCUACAACUUGUAUGCAUUUGAUUUGAGCGAGAAUAAUUCCCGUCAUUGUCUAGAGGUAAUUGAAUCCUCAUUGAGACUGGUCACUCUUUUGCAGUUCUUGUUAUUGUUAUGCUUCAAGCUCAUGCGGCUGUGUAUCUGUUGUAUUGAAUCACCUGGGCCUUGCCCAUCCGGAAGAACAAUACAUACUGAUUUGACCGAGUGCUCGCUGUGGCUUGGUACAACGAUCCCCGUACUGCUAACGUUACAAGACAGUAACCGCCAACCACUUACACCCUGCGCCCUGAUCUAAUCACC